GAGGAAAAAAACCUCUUAUUUAAAGCCACGUCUCCCAGCGACACUUACAUUACAAUUUCAAUCCAACAUAACAAAAAAUCCCAAGUAUUAUCCUCACAACUAUUUAUUUUAACAAAAAAUUUAUCUCCGCCGAAGAAUGAAUGGCGCCGAUGCGGUUCCCUCCGACGACCCGAAAGCCCCGCUCCUACCGCUCCACGACCCAAAUCCCAGCCCGUCGGGCUCCGACUCGUUCCUAAAAUCCCUUUUCAACAUGAAAAGCUUCUUCAUCCUGCUCGGCCCGAUGCUGUGCUCCGUCAUCUGCCUCACCGUCAGGCUCGACGGCGACGGCGGCGCGACCAGCCGGAAUAUGCUGGGGGUCCUGGCUUGGGUGUUCACCUGGUGGAUGACUGAGGCCGUGCCGAUGCCCGUAACCUCCAUGUCGCCGCUCUUCCUCUUCCCGCUCUUUGGGAUCUCCACCGCCGACGAUGUGGCGCACUCGUACAUGGAUGACGUCAUCACGCUUGUUUUGGGGAGUUUCAUACUCGCGCUCGCCGUCGAGCACUACAACAUACACCGGCGAUUGGCUCUCAAUAUAACCCUGCUAUUCUGCGGUGAUCCCCUGAGCCCGCCGCUGCUGCUGCUGGGCAUCUGCGGGACCACCGCGUUCGUGAGCAUGUGGAUGCACAACGUGGCGGCCGCCGUUAUGAUGAUGCCGGUGGCCACGGGGAUCCUGCAGCGGCUGCCGGUGGGGCCCGCUCAGCCGGUGCUCGUCUCCAAGUUCUGCAAGGCGGUGGUGCUCGGGGUGAUAUACUCGGCGGCGGUGGGCGGGAUGAGCACCCUCACGGGGACAGGUGUCAACCUCAUACUGGUUGGGAUGUGGAAGAGCUAUUUCCCGGUGGCCCGCCCAAUCAGCUUCAACACGUGGCUGUUCUUCGGCUUCCCACUUGCUUUGGUCAUCUUUGUUGCCUUGUGGGCCAUACUCUGCUUGCUUUACUGCAGGAAGGGGUCUGGACCGGCGCUAUCUGCGUAUCUGGACAAGGCCCAUUUGAGGAGGGAGCUUGAUUUGCUGGGUCCAAUGGCAUUUGCAGAAAAGAUGAUUUUAGCUAUAUUUUCGAUGCUAAUCGUACUGUGGAUGACAAGGAACAUAACCGACGACAUUCCCGGCUGGGGAUCCCUCUUCAACGGCCGCGCCGGCGACGGCACCGCCAGCGUGGUGAUGGCGACGCUGCUAUUCAUAAUCCCAAACAGGAAGAGCCCGCGUGAGAAGCUCAUGGACUGGAACAAGUGCAAGAAGAUCCCAUGGAACAUCGUCCUCCUUCUCGGCGCGGGCUUCGCCAUAGCGGACGGGGUCCGCACUAGCGGGCUGGCCCAAUUCCUAUCCGAGGCGCUGGACUUUCUGGAGUCCACUCCUUAUUGGGCCGUGGCCCCCUCCGUGGGCCUCAUCAGCGGGACCAUCACGGAAUUCACGUCCAACAACGCGGCCUGCACCAUCGUGGUCCCCCUCCUAAUCCAGAUCGCCCGCACAAUGGGCCUUCACCCGCUCCUCCUCAUGGUCCCAGGGGCUAUUGGGGCCCAAUUCGCUUUCCUCCUCCCGACCAGCACCCCAUCAAACAUCGUGGGCUUCACGACGGGACACAUCGAGAUCAACGAUAUGUUGGUGGCCGGAGCACCGUUGAAGGUCGCCGGAAUACUUGCCUUGUCCGUGUUGAUGCCAACACUUGGUAUCGUUAAUUGUCUUUGUGCUUUACCAAAUGUAGCGUUUGUCUUCUCAUGUAUCGAUUGUUGUACUUGAAUACAAAUUGGUUGGUCGUUUUUUGCAGGGGCCUUUGUUUUCAGGACUAACGAGCCGCUGCUGAACUUUUGGGGGACGUAGCUGAUUAUCUUCGGGUGAUUGGUGUCUGAAUAUUCCGGGUGCAUUCUUUUCCUUUCUGUUGAUGCCAAUGAGGAAAGAAUGACAGCUGAGAACAUGAGAAAUGAGACUUGAUCAAGUUCAGGGCCAGCUUUCUUUUAUGUUGUAAUUUGAAGUAUUGUGAAUGAUCGAUCAUGUAUGGGUAUAUAUCAUGAAUUGAGUUAAGGUGAAUGUAAGCUAUCCUCUUGUUAAUAUAAGUUAUAUAGUUUUGAAUUUUAUCAA